UCGGUGCUUCAAAAACUUCUUCAGUUCUCAUUCCCCUCCUUCCCUUUUGUGUUUCCUCAAAUUUCUAUUAGCAUGCAGAUGGCCACAGGGCAUCCAUCUUCUUGAGUUCUGUAUAUCCAUAUAUCUCCUCAAGUUCUGUUACUUUCUCGUUGAGUGUUUUCUGUUGAUCUCCUCGAGUUGUGUAACCAACCACCUCCUUGAGUUUUGUUCCCCAGUCCAUAAGUAUUUUAUUCGUUCCCUCCUAGAUUGGUUUCAUCUCUUUUCUGCUUGGGCUGAAGCCUUAGCUCUGAGACCUGCAAUCCAACUGGUAACGUGAGUAUCACUCAUUUGAGAAUUCUGGGCAAGUUCCAGUGUUAAUGCCUUCCUCUUAUUCUGUUAAGAACAUAUGAGUUCUUCCCAUAUAAGCUAUCAUAUUCUAUUUUCAACAAAACUAUCAGAAACCAUGUGUCAAAAAUUGAUGUCCUAACUUAAAAGUUAUGUUCUUUCAUUUCCAUUUGCUUCACUUGGACCUCUCCAAGGUUUAUUUAUCUUUAUCAAGAACCAAGCAGUUGCAUGCUUUGAUUCUCAAGACCCAUCUCUCUCACGACCCAUUUUAUGCAACUAAAAUCGUUAGAUUCUAUGCAGUCAAUGGUGACCUUCACUCUGCUUGUAAGCUGUUCGAUGAAAGUCCCAGCCAAAGCGUCUACCUUUGGAACUCCAUUAUUCGAGCCCACGCUCAAGCCCACAAAUUUGAGGAAGCAUUUUCUCUGUUUACUAAGAUGCUUAGAACCGAAAUCAAACCUGAUAACUUCACUUAUGCUUGCAUUAUACGUGCAUGCUCUGAGAGCUUUGAUUUGGAAGGACUGAAGCUUGUCCAUUGUGGAGUAACAGUUUCAGGGUUAGGAUUGGACUCUAUUUGUAGCAGUGCACUUGUUACAGCUUAUUCAAAACUCGGCCUUGUUGAUGAAGCAAGUAGGGUGUUUUAUGGGACACCAGAGCAGGAUUUGGUUCUGUGGAAUUCUAUAAUUUCAGGUUAUGGAAACUGUGGACGUUGGGACAAAGGGUUGCAACUGUUUAGUGAGAUGAGAAGCAUGGAGACGAUGCCGGAUGGAUACACAAUUGUUGGGUUGCUUUCGGGUUUAUCGGAUUCUAGCUUGAUAACUAUUGGCCAAGGACUACAUGGUCUUUGUUUGAAAUGUAAUUUAGAUUCUAAUGCUCAUGUAAGCAGUGUCCUUGUGAGCAUGUAUUCAAGAUGCAUGUCUAUGAACUCUGCACAUAGAGUUUUUAGUGGUUUGUUCCAGCCAGAUUUAGUUACAUGGUCUGCUUUGAUAACUGGGUAUUCACAGUCUGGGGAUUAUGGUAAGGCAUUGCUCUUCUUCAAGAAUUUGAACAUGGAAGGUAAGAAGGCUGAUUCCAUUUUGAUUGCCAGUGUGUUGGCUGCUGCUGCUCAGAUAGCAAAUGUAGGGCCUGGCUGUGAGAUACAUGCUUAUGUUCUUCGACAUGGACUUGAAUCUCAUGUCAUGAUUUCCUCUGCUCUCAUAGCCAUGUAUUCAAAGUGCGGUUUCUUGGGCAUGGGGACUCGUGUGUUUGAGAUCAUGCCAGAAAAGAAUAUUAUUUCCUACAAUUCAUUAAUAUUGGGUCUUGGUUUGCAUGGCCUUGCCUCUGAGGCCUUUAGAAUGUUUGAUGAGAUACUGAGAAAUGGGUUAAAACCUGAUGAAUAUACUUUUACUGCUCUCCUUGGUGCGUGCUGCCAUGCUGGCCUUGUCAAAGAUGGCCGUCAAAUUUUCAGAAGAAUGAAAGAUGAGUUUUGCAUUCAACCUAGAACAGAGCAUUAUGUUCAUAUGGUAAAACUUCUUGGGAUGGAAGGAGGGUUGGAAGAGGCUUACAAUCUAAUCUUGUCCUUGUCAGAACCAGUGGACUGCGGCAUUUGGGGAGCCCUGUUAUUGUGCUGCGAUGUCUGUGGAAAUUCUGAGCUGGCAGAAAUUGUAGCCCAGAGGCUCUUUGAGAGUAGUUCUGAGAAAGGUGCUUAUAGGGUCAUGCUUUCUAAUAUAUAUGCUGGCGAUGGGAGGUGGGAUGAUGCAAAGAAGUUGAGAGAUCACAUAACAGAAGGCAAACUGAGGAAGAUAACGGGGCUUAGCUGGAUUAAAGGUUUUAGCCGUUCUGCAUGAUCAUCCAGUAAAGGCAACAAAUGAUCAUCCAGUAAAGGCAACAAGUCUAACUGCUGCAGUGUGGUGGCAAACUGCAAACCUUCAGGUCACAUCCUCUGCCGCACGCAGACAACUGUGCAAGUGGAGGAAUUUCAAGCUAGGUAGUGCUCCCUCUUCAAGUUGCGUCCAGUACUCAAGAACAUGCAGCAAAGCUGAGAACCUCGAGCUUGGGAAACCCACCAGCACUACAGAACUCUUUCCCCAUUCGUUUUGCAUCAUAAGCAUUCCAAGGGGUCAGAUUUUUCAAGUUGGGUAGCAGAUGAAGUACCAAUUACGAGUUCUCAGACAUAUGAGAGUUGCCUAAUCUUAAAUUUGCAAGCCUUUCCGAGGAACCAAAUGAAGUAGGUAGCUUUUCUAGGACGCCUUCUAGGCGAAGCUUUUGAAGAAAUGGUGGAGGUGAGAAUGAAUCCAGGAGGAUAAGGUUUCCCUUGUUGAAGGCAUGUUUAGCUUCGAGAGACAAGGAAGGAAGAGCCGGCAUCUUUGUAAUGGAGACAAAUAGCUCACUGAUAUUCUCUUCAGCCACAUCCAUCACUCCAAGUCUUCUGAGCUGUAUCAGGUUACCUAAUUCUUCAGCAAUUCCACCACCAGCAUGUAUAGCUGUGAGGGACAGAAGAUUUUUUAAGCUUCCUAUUCCUGCAGGUAGCUUCAUCCCAUGAACAUCUUGGAACAUGCUCUUGAACAUUUUGAGGUGCCUCAACCUUACAAGAUUGAGUAUCUCGUCUGACAAGGCUGUUAAACACCCACACCAUCUGAUAUUGAAAGUUUGUUAAAAGGUACAAACUAUUUAAGAGUGCAUGAGGUUUAUCAGGUCUCGCACUUCAUCUGGUAACCUUUUAAUCUUGGCGCCUUCUAGAUCUAGCACUCUUAAAUAGUUUGUACCAUUAAACUGUAACCAAUUACCAUCAUAGCGAAAAUGAUUAUGAUUUCCAACAGGAGCAAAGAAGCAGGUUGAAGUUGGAGAUUGUUCAAGUGGGAUGAGAGUUUUGUGAUGUCCGAAGACUCUGAACAAAUUAAAGCCCGAACAGUUGGAAAGGUUCCUUCUUCCAAUUGGUGAAGACAGAAUUCUCAAAAAGGAGAUGGGAGCUGCAAUCUAGUCCCUCUGCAAAGGCGGUCGUCCUUAACUUGAAGCAUUCCCCGGCUGAUCAAUUCAUAUAUAUUUUCUUCUGCUACAUCCUCCAUGAUCUGCCCUGCGUUUGCUUGUACCAGUCCUUGGGCCACUAGUAAACAAAUAAGUUUCCCUUUCGGAAUCCAGUGGUUCUUAGGGAAGAUGGAACAUUACAUUAAGCAUUGGAGAAGAUAAUCAGGUAAAUCUCUGUAGCAUAAUUGCAAUGGAACAGAUAAGAAGAAGCUGAUGUCUCACCUUCUUUACUCUCUUGAGAGUCUUUGUUUUCUUCCAUCCCUCCUUCAAUGGUAUUUGAACUAGCCAUAGAGUUCUAAAAACUGUGUUUUGCAUUUAUAGAACAGAAGAUAGCAAUAUAUAAUGGUUAGAGUCAUCAGACCUUAUGUUAUAGGGUAUGUUAAAGUCCAGCGUGUUGUAGUCUUGUAGAAUAAUUUCUAAGAAAGCUUCAAGGAGAGCAAACAAGGUGACAUAUACUACAAAACAUAGCAUAUAUAUCCAAACUAAAAUUAUGAUGUAGAGUCUAACGAUGCUACAUGAUGU